GUGUUUGGUGGUGGUCACGAUCAGUAUAUUCAAAAUUGUGUCUCACCUUUCAAAGAUGUUGAAGGUCUCUGUCAUACCUUUCGAUUCAACAUGUACCAUAAUAUACGAUUCAUUGAUGUUCAAAAAAAGUCAAUUAUCCCUUGUACACCUUUGGCCAUUGUUAAAAUCCUUGAUCACCUUGGUGUCUAUAAUCAUGAGUUUGAUUAUGGAGAUCAGUUGAAUGGAAAAGUGAUAACAGUUAUAAAUCGAAGUGAAGUAGUCGGUCGUCCCCUUGCUGCCUUAUUAGCCAAUGAUGGAGCCAAAACAUAUUCAGUAGAUUUGGAUGGAAUCCUUCAAUUUCAUCGAGGACCAGGAAAACAAAAACACCGAGUAACCUCAACCGAUAAAACUUUGAAAGAUGUUUUACCAGUAUCAGAUGUUGUUAUUGCUGGUGUACCAGAUAAAAAGUUCAAAGUACCAACAGAGUUGCUUAAACCUGGGGUAGUUGCAAUCAAUUUUUCAACAGAUAGAAAUUUUCCCGACUCUGUAAAGGAAAAAGCUUCUGUAUUCGUUCCUGCCAUAGGAAAGAUGACCAUUGUUAUGUUACAAAGAAAUUUGAUGAGGCUUUACGAUUAUCGAAGAGAUGCCCCUUUUCGUUUCCGAUUCUCGUAAUUGAAGAUAUUAAAGAAAAUUCAAAUUAUAAAUGUUUGAUAAAAUGACGAAAUUUAUUAAAAUUUAUUUACUUGUGAUUUACUAGCAAAUUAAUACCUUUUUUGCAUUUUAUUUAAACAUUGUUGAGAUUCAAUGUGUUGACCAAAAGCUGUUCGAUAACGUACUUUAGUCUUACAAAUUACGCAAAUCAUGCGAAAUAAAAAACUUUGAACAUGA